CCACAGAGGGGCGCGCGCCCGCCCGCAGGACUCGCCGCCUCCCGGCGCCGCGGCGCGGGCUGAGGGGAGCGGGCCGCCCGCCGCCGCCCUCCCGCUCCCUCCUUCUCCGCCGGAGGAAGGUGCAGAGCAUGGAGAAUGAUGAACUUCCGCCAGAGGAUGGGCUGGAUUGGCGUGGGGCUGUACUUGUUAGCAAGUGCUGCUGCUUUUUAUUACGUCUUUGAAAUCAACGAGACUUACAACAAACUAGCACUGGAGCACAUUCAGCAACACCCCAAGGAACCACAGGAAGGAACCACAUGGACACACUCCUUAAAAGUACGGCUGCUAUCCCUGCCGUUUUGGCUGUGGACGAUAAUAUUUUUAAUACCGUACUUACAGAUGUUCUUGUUCCUCUAUUCCUGUACAAGAGCUGACCCCAAAACUGUUGGGUAUUGCAUCAUUCCUAUCUGCUUGGCUGUUAUUUGCAAUCGUCACCAAACAUUUGUGAAGGCCUCUAAUCAGAUCAGUAGAUUACAACUAAUUGACACUUAGCUCAACUGCUAGUUUCUGUUGCUGAUUUGAAGCAAUUGCAUAUGCUUGAUCUAAUCACAAGACUGAAGCUCUGAGUGAAGGCCGGAAAGAGCCUUUUCUUUAAACUGAUAAGCAAUGAAGAGAAUGACUGUUUUCUAUUUAAAACAAAUAACUGCAAAGGUUUUUAAUUAUGGAUCUAUGGAGUGGCCAGAGUGGGACAGACCUGUGAUGGAAGUAUUCCUCGUUUUGCCUUAAUGAUGCAAAAUUGCAGCUCUCCAUCUGAAAUGUCCUGUGGGGAAACAAGUUUCUGGUCCACAACUUUACUCCUCUGUGCAAAAAAGUGAUUUCCUAUGUUUUCUCUUGGAGUGAAAUCAAUGAAAAGAUACUUCUUUUGUGGUAAAUGUAAAAGGAAAAAAGAAAUUAAGAACAUGAUUAUAAAAGCUGCACUUAACACAAUUCUUUGCUUUUUCUUUUUUUUUUUAUUGAUUAUCUACAUCAGUGCUGUUUUAAAGGAAUUUUUAAAAAAUAAGUUUAGAUACAGAAACAGGAAGCAAAGAAUAAAGUUUGUGCAAACCUUUAAAGGGAAAAACUACAUUUUUUUCUGUGGUAGCCUACUUGUUUUCAGUUACAGCAGUCCCACACUGUAGUAGGCAGGCAGUGAGGAGUGGCAUAGGCCUGAACCUUGAUGUAUUAAACUGUUCCUAUGACAUCAAAAGCAGCCUAUGCUGGCAUUGGCCUGUAGUCUGCACAAAAUUCUUUUGUGUUUCCUUCGCCUGUCAUCUCGCUUGUAAAAUUAUAAGUUACUGAAAUUUAUGACCAUUCUAAUUUCACUCCUGACAUCAUGAAAAACUGUGUUCUAAGAGAACUGAUAUAUUAGGAAAAACUUUGAAUUUGGGAAAGUUAACUGUUUGGGGGAUGCUACUAACAGGUUGUAAGACAGAUAAUCAUGUUUCUUCCAGAAAUUCAAAGAAGUAAGGUACCUUCUUCUCAUUCUUGUAAUGAAUGUAAAUUUCUUCAGUCAUACUGAAAUUCCAUUGAGAUUUCUUUGCCAUAGUUUCAGCCUCUUAUUUUUCAGUGCUAUUUUGGAACAGCAUAUUUUGAAUAAGAUUGAAUCUGUUCUUUCUUUUGGUCCAUUUUUGUUUCUUCUGAGAAUAACUAAAUUUUUGUCCCAGCCAUGACGAAAGUAACAACAUGAAAACUGCAAAAUACACUUCUCAGAAGCAGUAGGCUCAAAAGAAUUAUGAGCUAAACUCCUUGACUAUAACUUCAACUGUGUAUGAUUGUCCAUACCAAAUCAUCACAAAUGCCAAUCUAUUUGUGACUGCUUUAAAGGAAUCCUGGAGAGUGUUGUCUUUCUCUUGCUUUGGAAAGAGAACACUAUUUUCACUGUUGCUGUGUUUGAGCAUGGCAGUUCCAACACCUUAAACUUUCCGUUUGCACUUGGAGAUACUUUGAGACACUGGUUUCAAUUGUCAGCAUUGGUGCUAGGACCUGAAAACAAUGUAGCCUUUGCAAGAAGGGUUUGAGUUCUAAGUGCAAUAUGAAAAGGAGGAAGCUGCCAUCUUAGUGUGCUGGAGUAAGAGUAAAUUAUAAACUCUGACAAGUAGUUAGUAUCUUGGGGAAUCAAAGCUUUUAAGUUGUGUUGUUUCUCAACUUUUAAAAUCACCAUGCUAUUUAUCUAUAAAAUAAAAACUUUUCAAUGUUUAUAAACACAA